GAAAUCAGCCUCACUACGCAAAAUGUCGCGUCGUCGCCAAUCCUCAGCACCACUAACCUGCGCUUCCUAACCACCGUUGAUACCGCAAAAAUACCACUCUACCUUACCGCCGGCCCCAGUCUAGAUGUAUGGACAACCGAAGAAAGCACUCAAACUUGGUUUGAGUCCCUCUUGCUCAGCAACCCUAUAACAUCCCCAAAUGCAUCCAACCAUGAUACAAAUGAGUGGUGGAACCUUGCGCGCUCACAGUCUCCCAUUGGGAUACUAGUGCAAGUGCAGGAUGUACCAGAAAGCGCUCAGAAGCCCAGGACAACAGAAAUCCUCUUUUAUGGGACGAUCGCUGCGCAUGCCGCCGGUGGGAUACCAACACCGCCAUCGUCCUUGUCAUUUGUCGACAAUGCAGGCGAACAGCUUCCAAAACUCAGGGUGCACGCAACACCACUUUCGUCUGAUAUGCUACACUAUGCCAGUAUCGACCCGCCAAUUGACAAUGAUGCUCAUUUCCUUCCACCAAUUCACAACGCCGACGCCCCACCCAGGUCUCCGAAGAAACACCGAGACAUCUUUGAGGAGGCUACAAUAGCGAACAAGAAGGCGAGAGGAAGGGGUGGAAGAGCAGUCUCGGCAGCGGCUGCUCGAGGAAGCGAGUCCCAGCUACCCUAUGCCCACCGCAAAUCGUCACUGUCCAUUGACAAAAGAGUCUCGCCAUUCCCAGACUCGAGACCAUCGUCUUCGUCUGGUCCCCUCCCGCACUCCAACUCUCGUCCGCUGUCGCGAUCACCGAGCAUCUCUUCAGACACAAGACCCUUGAGCCGCAAAGGUCCACCUGAAGCACAUACGAGGCGAUCCAACCUUUCCCAGGUCGCUACUGUACCCAUCAAGCCGGAAGAGCCAACAACGGAGUCGCGGAACAAGGAUGCACUCGUCAAAGUGGUCAUGGCAGCCAUGCGUAUGCAUGGGCUGCAGCAGCGAAAGCAGAACAGGUCCCGUCGGGCAUCGUUGGCUGUUGCUGGCGACGAAAGUGAGCGCUUGAGUGAACAGGCAACCCCAGAAGAGGCAGCCAAAGAUGAUGAGUACAAGCUGAUUUAUCAUCAGACCUACAAGGGUGCAGCGCUUGCGCUGAGAAACCACAUGUCGGAGAAACCAUUGCAUGUUCAGCCAGAUCGGAUGCGAGAUGUUGUUGAAAAGCUACUGGUAAUAUUCUUGUCUGAUCCGCUUGUGGAACCACCGCCUGCGGAUGUGCCCGCGGAUCCAGUGGCCACUCCAGGAAGUAAACCAAGGCCUGGUAUUCCGGGAUCCACACAUGGUCACGCAAGUCCAUUCGACCUACCUAGCACGUCUCGACCGAGGAUGAUGAGGUCUGUCACCGACAGUCACGUCUUUACCGGGUCUCCCGUUAGCAAGAAGAGGCCCACUGCUAAUCGGCCAGCACCGACGUGACACAGCCAGCAUCAUGACAAUUCUGAAUUUCUGUUCAGUAAUGUUCAAACGCACGGGGUGACAUUGUGAUGAUACAAUCAUUUAGCAUCAAUAUGUUGCCUGGACGCCUGGACCGGAUACGACCUAGCAUCCUUCCCAUUGCGGCACUUUGAUGGCGCUUGUCAUCAUUCGUCAGCACCUUGCGACGAUCGCCGGCCACCACGACAAACAUGGUCGUUGUUAACAUCGAAACCAUAGUGGCGUCUAGCAUGAUGUCACAAGCAUUUACGUGCUCUUGUGGUAAGGCGCCAGGGAGUGAGGCUAAUUUUGUACCGUGUUGAGCGUGACACGACACAAGUGGACGACGACUCGUACUGUUAGUAACAUCGACAUGUACAGCCUCGUAUUCUACGUGACAUCAAGGGACAUGGAUUUCGCCUUUGCGUGACUGAAGUUGAUGAGGCA